CGGGGCUGUUUCUGUCCUGCACUUCUGUCAUAAACAGGUCUGUACACGAUGGCCUUCUUCACGCACCAAAUCUGCAGGGGCUUCUCGUCUUCGGUUGUCAGAAAUGUCAUUAUAAAGCAAGUAACAAUCAUCGGAGGUGGACAGAUGGGGGCAGGAAUCGCACAGGUUGCUGCUUCAACCGGCCACUCGGUGACGCUGGUGGACACGAAUGACGACAUCCUCAAAAAGUCUGUCAAAGGAAUAGAAGGGAGUCUUAAAAGAGUAGUUAAGAAGAAGUUUGCUGAUAAACCAGAGGCAGGUGAAGAGUUCAUCCAGAAAGUCCUGCAGAAUGUGUCGACCUCCACAGACGCCGUGUCAGCAGUCCAGGGAUCUGACCUUGUGUUGGAAGCCAUCAUAGAAAAUCUAAAAAUCAAACAGGACCUGUUUGGUUUGCUUGACAAGGCAGCAGCAGCACACACCAUCUUUGCCAGUAACACCUCCUCCCUGCCCAUAACUGACAUCGCCAGCGCUACCAGCAGGCAGGACAGAUUCGGCGGCCUUCACUUCUUCAACCCGGUCCCUAUGAUGAAGCUUGUAGAGGUCAUUGGAACUGCAGCAACAAGCAAAGAGACUUUUGAUUCCCUCUUGAACUUUAGCAAAGCGCUUGGAAAAACACCUGUGUCAUGCAAGGAUACUCCAGGGUUCAUUGUAAACCGCCUGCUUGUUCCAUACUUACUUGAAGCUAUCCGGUUGCAUGAAAGAGGUCAUGGAUCCAAAGAAGACAUUGAUAUUGCAAUGAAACUUGGUGCCGGUUAUCCAAUGGGACCCUUUGAACUCGCUGACUAUGUAGGACUUGACACCAUAAAGUUCAUCAUUGAUGGCUGGAGUAUGAUGGAGCCCGACAACCCCCUCUUUGCCCCAAGUGAAUACCUGAACAAGCUUGUCACAGAGGGCAAAUGUGGCAAAAAGACAGGAGAGGGAUUCUACAAGUACAAGUGAUUUAAUUUUAACACGCUGGCUAGUACUGUGGGAAUGAAAGACUAAUGAGAACGUCAGGAGAUAAGCUCUCUAACAUGGACUCAUAAAAAACGGAAAGGGAAAAGCUACUGGUGCCUUCUACCUUAAGGUCGACAUUUGUUUGUCUUUUCUUAUGGACGUCCACUGAAAUAAAUCUCAGUUUUUGACUCUGAACCGAUCAAAUGUAAUUAAAUAGAAGUUUUUAAGUA